AUGCCAGGGCGUUCAGAAGAUGCCAGGGCGUUCAGAAGAUGCCAGGGCGUAACCGUCACUCCUGGUGUGGCUGGGCUGGGUAGAGUUAUGAGGCGCCCUCACAGUGUGUCGGCGGGUGGGUCUGAGGGACGUAUCGCUCUUCACCUCGCCAGACCUCGUGGAUGGCAGGGACGCUCAGCGUUCCCCUCAUGUCCCCCUUGCCCCCCUCCUCUCCCUGUUUCCUCUCGCUGCGCGUACCUGUCUCCCCAGGAGGAGAGGCGGAGCAUGGCGGGUGCUGCACCUGCCGGCCUGCCGUCGCUCCGCGUGCAUGGGAGGGCCGUGGGGGGAUGCGUGGGAGGAGCAAUGCAGCCUGCCGCAGCAGCAGCGCCAGCAGCAGGGCCAGCAGCAGCGCCAGCCGCAGCACCUACGGAGCGUGCAGCUGUAGCAGAUGUGGCAGUGGGUGGUAGUGCAAGGGUGCAAUCGCGUGAUUGGAGAGGCGAGAGGGCGGAUGUGUGA